UCUCUGCUGCUCCAUUUGAAGAACAACCUCACAUAUAACCAAAAUCAGUCCAAAAAAUUAAUUCAUUGGAACCAUGUUCAUGAUUGCUGCCACUGGAAAGGGGUCUCUUGCAACAAGGGACAUGUUAUAGCACUAGACUUAAGCCAAGAAUCUAUCUCUGGAGGUAACUUUAGCAGUCUCUUCCACAUGCAAUUUUUGCAGAGUUUGAAUUUGGCUUAUAAUGAGUUCAUCUCCUUUGAAACUUGUUCUGAGUUCCAAAACUUGAAGAAUCUGAGGUAUUUGAAUUUGUCAAAUGCUGGCAUUGUGGGAGAAAUUCCAAAAAAUAUCUUCCAAUUAUCCUCACUUCAAGUUCUUGAUUUAUCUGAUAAUCAAAGACUUAAUGGUUCCCUACCACAAAAUAUCCCAUAUCAAUUAGCAUCUCUCAACUACUUGAACCUCAGCCAUACAAAUUCUUUUGGACCACUACUAGAAUCUCUUCUCAACUUGAGGCAACUAUCAACAUUGGAUCUGUCAAAUUGCCAGUUUAAUGGGACACUUCCUAACUCAAUGUCAAAUCUUACCCAUCUAGUUUAUCUAGAUUUGUCAUUCAAUAACUUCACUGGCCCUCUUCCAUCUUUCAAUAGGUCCAAUGCUCUUAGGAGUUUUGCUCUCAAUCAUAAUUACUUUAGUGGUACAAUUCCAUCCACCCAUUUUAAUGGCCUUGCAAAUCUUGUGAGAAUUGAUUUCGGAGAUAACUCUUUGGAUGGAAGAGUUCCCUCAACUUUGUUUGCACUUCCAUCUCUUCAACAACUCAUUCUCUCCUACAAUAGAUUUGAAGGCCCAUUGAAGGAACUACCAAAUUGUUCUUCCUCAUCUUUAGAGAUGCUUGAUUUAAGUGGAAACAAUUUUCAAGGUUCAAUUCCCUCAUCUAUUUUCCAACUCAAAAGACUCCUUUUGCUUCAGCUUUCAACAAACAAGUUCAAUGGCACAAUAAAAUUGGACAAACUUCGGAACCUACCAAAUUUAAAAACAUUUGAUCUCUCUCACAACACUUUGUCAUUUGUUGAUGCAAAUGUUACAAAUGAUCAAGAUUUGUCAUCCUUCCCCAUGCUGAACAAUCUUUUAUUAGCUUCAUGCAAGUUGCAUGCAUUUCCUUCCUUCUUGAGAAAUCAGUCCACUUUGCUUUACCUUGACUUAUCCAACAACCAAAUUGAAGGAAUCAUACCCAAUUGGAUUUGGAAAUUUGAAUUUUUGAUGUCCCUAAAUCUUUCCAAAAACUUCUUGGAAGGUAUGGAAGGACCUUUCCAAAACCUUGGUUCAAAUUUAUUCCUCCUUGACCUUCAUGGCAACCAAUUGCAAGGGCCUGCCCCCAUUUUCACAAAAAGCAUUGCUUACUUGGAUUACUCCAACAACAAUUUCAGCUCAUUCAUUCCGGCAGACAUCGGUAACCGAAUUCCAAACAUAGUUAUAUUGUAUCUUUCAAACAAUAGUUUUCAUGGAGAAAUCCAUGAAUCCUUUUGUAAUAUGACAUUUCUUCGAUUGCUUGAUCUUUCGGAUAAUCGCUUCAAUGGUGAGAUUCCAAAGUGUUUGGCAACAAGUGACAGAUCUUUGAGAGUAUUAAGUCUUGCUGGGAAUGAACUCAGUGGCCAUGUACCAGACACAUUCCCGUCAUCUUGUGCUUUAAGGUUUCUAGAUUUUAAUGGAAAUCUUUUAGAUGGAACCGUUCCAAGAUCUUUGACAAAUUGUCAAAAUCUACAAGUCUUGAAUCUUGGAAAGAAUCAAUUAAUUGAUACUUUUCCUUGCUUCUUGAAGAACAUUUUGACACUGAGAGUCAUGAUUUUAAGGUCAAACAAAUUUCAUGGGCAUAUUGAAUGUCCUAGUAGCACUGGCAACUGGGAGAUGCUUCAAAUUAUUGACCUAGCCUCCAACAACUUUAGCGGCUUGUUGCCAUCAUCGCUUCUGCGAAGUUGGAAAGCGUUGAUGCAUGAUGAAGAUAGAUCACGGUUUGGGCAUUUAUCUUUUGGUUUAUUUGAUUACAUUAAUCUUAUACAGAAUGUUGGGAUUUUAACCACAGUUUUCAGCAAUGCUGAUAAGAUAAAAUUUGCUAAUCUUGUUUCCAUGGAACCACUUUUUGUGUUGGACCACAUUGUCUCUCAUGUCAUGGAGGGUGUAUUUGGUAUUGGUAGGUAUGAAGAUUCAGUUACAAUUGUGAACAAAGGUCAACAAAUGAAGUUGGUAAAGAUUCUUAUUGCUUUCACUUCAUUGGAUUUCUCAUCCAACCAUUUUGAAGGGUCAAUACCAGAAGAGAUCAUGAAUUUCAAAGGCUUGCAUGCUCUUAACUUGUCACAAAAUUCUUUCUCAGGCCAUAUUCCUUCAAAGAUAAGCAACUUAAGAAAUCUUGAGUCUUUAGACUUGUCAAUGAAUUCUCUUAAAGGCGAAAUUCCCACCGAGCUUGCAAGCUUAUCUUUUCUUGCUAUCAUGAAUCUCUCAUAUAAUCAUCUUGUGGGGAGAAUUCCAACAGGUACUCAAAUUCAAUCAUUUGAAGCGGAUUCAUUUACAGGCAAUGAAGGAUUAUGUGGACCUCCGCUGACUCAAGGCUGUGGGCUGUUGCCACCACUUGCAUCUAAAACUACUGAUUUCGAUCAUGGUAGUUCAAUUGAUUGGACUAUCUUGAGUGUGGAAUUAGGGUUUACCUUUGGAUUUGGGAUGUUCAUCAUGCCACUCAUUUUUCGGAAGAGAUGGAGGUUGUGGUUUUCUGAAAAAGCUGAUGGUGUGCUUUAUAAGAUUGUCCCUCAGCUUGAUUUUGUGUAUGAACAUCAUGGAGGAAAGAAGUAUAGAACUCUAAGCUGGAAGCCUUUCUGAUUAUAUUAUCCCAAAGUUGACGGGAAAGG